GUACAGGGAACACUACAGAAGUUUGUGGAUGACGUGUUCGUGGCAAUCCUUAGUACGAAGCAUCUUCCUCCCAUUGCCGUCAGGUUCUUUUUUGAUUUCCUGGAUGACAUGGCAGAGAAACAUGGAAUUAACGACCCAGAGACUGUCCACAUUUGGAAGACAAACAGUCUUCCUCUUAGGUUUUGGGUUAACAUCUUGAAGAAUCCUCAGUUUGUUCUGGACAUUCAGGUGACGGAUAGCAUUGAUGCUGUCUUGUCUGUCAUUGCUCAGACCUUUAUUGAUUCUUGCACCACAUCUGACCACAAAGUGGGACGGGACUCGCCGGUCAACAAGCUGCUGUAUGCCAGAGAAAUUCCUCGAUACAAGCAGAUGGUGGAGAGGUAUUACAGUGACAUCCACAGCGCUGCAUCUGGCUGUUACCAGGAGAUGAAUUCUACUUUGACUGAACUGUCUGGGGUCAGUGAACACACAAAACAUCUAAACAUGCUUUUGUAGUUCAGGCAAU